AUGUUCUCCUCCAGUCUUGGUCUCUUGUACAUCAUCCUUCAGUACAUUGAGUCUCCCUUUCGUAGAAGAAAGGCAGAAGCAAUGGCUGAACCUGCAUGUUGCCAGCGUGACCUCAAGCAACCAAUCGGACCAAGAAACGGCAUAAAGGAGGCCAAGCGUACUGCCCAAUGGGAUCCCUGUGUUCACCACCAACCCUAUGCCCCAUUACGCAAGCUUGGCGCACCCUUGCCUCCCAUACAUGACAUGGAGCCUCAUUACUGGUCUACCAACGACACAGAAAAUGAGGAUGACAUUGGAAACCUCUCAUCAUCGGAAACAAAACGGAUUCAGAAUGAUGAUCUCCGGUUCCAGCGAUUUGAGGUCAAGAAGCAUACACGUGCAACGUUUAACGACUGGAAAGAGAAGAAUGAGUCCAUCACAGCGCCAGAGAAUAGACUGCUCCCUCAAAAACGCUUCACAACGUCACAUGGGCAGCAGAUGACGCGUGGGCAAGCAUUUGAUGAAUGCGAUAUCAGUGACGAUGAUCUCGUCGUGAUAUCGCGUCGUACGCACCGGCCCAGAGAAAAUCUUCAUCUCGCCUGCCCUUUCUAUGUUUACGAUCCUGAGAGGUGCUGCCAAUGUCGGCUCGCGAGCAACCUACAAGACAUUUCGGAUGUGAUUGAGCAUUUAUUCCAGUCUCAUUCUCGGCCAUGCUACUGUAUAAACUGUUAUGAAGCAUUCGACACGCAGAUUUGUCGCGACGAUCAUGUUUUGAGUGGAAAAUGCCAACGGCGUACUCCGGGUCCAUUGUUUGGAUUAAGUGAAAGCCAAAAAUCGAUGCUACUCGAGACAGACUGGCAUUGCACUGGUGAAGAGGCCCAGUGGCUUUUCAUUUGGUCUAUCGUGUUUCCGGAUUCUCAACAGCCGCACUCCCCGUAUCUAGGCCAGAAAUCUCGAUAA